AUGGCACUUUAUAAAGAAAUUGAUAAUAAACCGACGAAUUUAGAACCGAAUAAGGAAUUAAAAUACUAUAUACCGAACAAUUAUGAAGAUAUUGAUAGAUUACAUAUGUUUCAUUUUUUUCAAAGAUAUUUAUUUCAAAGUAAUUAUUCUUCUCCAAUUGAAGAAAAAUUAACGCAAGGAAAAUGUAAAGUAUUAAAUAUUGGAUGCGGACCUGGAACGUGGUUGUUGGAUCUUGCGAAUCAAUAUGAAAAAUCGAUAUUUUAUGGACUUGAUAGUAAUUCAGUAUAUCCAAAUGAGAUUAAACCGUCAAACUUAAAUUUCAUAAAUGCAAAUAUGUUUGAUGGAUUACCGUUCCCUGAAAAUGAAUUUGAUUUUAUACGUCAGGAUCCAAUGUCAUUCAUGAUUAAAGCAGAUCAAUGGGACUUUAUCAUUUCUGAAAUGAUUAGAGUAACAAAACCUGGUGGGUAUAUUGAAAUUCUUGAUAUAUAUUUUACACAUAAAGGAGCUGGACCAAUUUUAAGUAAAAUAUAUGAAGCACGUAAGUAA